AUGGAUCUAGGACUUUUUAGAUUUCUAUGUCAAGCAGAAACAAGAAGAUUAGUUUCAUUGUUAGGAGUAACCAUAACUAUACUUUUAGUUCUUCAAUUUUCUGAACUUCCAAAUAGUGAGUUUUUUUCUUCUCUUACUGCCAAAAUCAAAAGUUUCACAAUGGAUACACCUUUGGUUAACUCUACAAUAGAGACUCAUAAUGGAAAUGUGAAUUUAUAUGCUUCAAAUUCGAGCUCAAUUAGUCCUCAAACAUCUUCAUUAGAUGAAGUUGCAAGUUUAGAAAAGGGUAAACGAGUUGAAACUGUUGAUGUUUUUAGAAAUCAUAGUUCACAAGAGAAUCAAUCUUCCUUGCUUGCACCACAACCUAUGGUGCCUUUGUCCAAUACAUCAUUCUUUGAUUCAAAAGUGUAUCCAAAGGAUGGAAUUUUGAGUUCUUUGCAACGUAGCAAUGCGACGACCGUUAAAGAUGCUUCUGCGAUUUGGAAGAAUUCCAAAAGGAGGCCUUCUAAAGUAGUUUCAAUAUCUGAAAUGAACUUAAUCUUGCAGCAUAACCAUGAUUCUUCGCAGGGAGCGAAACCCGCGAGUUCUUCCGCUGUUAAUGCGGAGAUAUUGAAUGCAAAAUCGGAGAUUGAAAAUGCGCCUAUUGUUAUGAAUGAUUCGAGACUUUACUCACCUUUAUACCGGAAUGUUUCCAUGUUUAAAAGGAGUUAUGAACUAAUGGAGAAGAUGUUGAAAGUUUUCAUCUAUCAAGACGGAGACAAGCCAAUCUUCCACGAACCCUUAUUGGAAGGAAUAUAUGCGUCCGAAGGAUGGUUUAUGAAAUCAAUGGAAGGAAACAAACAGUUUACAACUCGAGAUCCUGAGAAGGCUCACUUGUUUUACAUACCUUUCAGUUCAAGAUUGUUGCAGUUAACUCUUUAUGUACGUAAUUCGCACAAACGUUCAAACCUAAUCGAGUACAUGAAAAACUAUGUCGAUGUGAUUGCUGGAAAGUACCCUUUCUGGAAUAGAACUAAUGGAACAGAUCACUUCGUUGUUGCUUGCCAUGAUUGGGCUCCUGCAGAAACACGAGGGCGAAUGCUAAAUUGCAUCAGAGCACUAUGCAACGCGGACACUGAAGUAGGAUUCGAGAUCGGAAAAGAUGUAUCUCUUCCCGAAACAUACGUUAGAUCAGAUGAGAAUCCUCUCAAAAACAUAGGAGGCAACCCUCCUUCUCAAAGGCCUAUCCUCGCCUUCUUUGCAGGCGGUUUACACGGUUACGUCCGGCCUAUGCUAUUAAAUCUUUGGGAGAACAAAGAACCCGACAUGAAAAUCUCCGGCCCAUUACCACACGUCAGAGGCAAUAAAAACUACAUCGAGCUCAUGAAGAGUAGCAGAUUCUGCAUAUGUGCAAGAGGUCACGAGGUUAAUAGUCCACGCGUGGUCGAGGCGAUAUUCCACGAGUGUGUUCCUGUUAUCAUAUCUGAUAACUUUAUUCCUCCUUUAUUCGAGGUUUUAAAUUGGGAGUCUUUUGCUGUGUUCAUCAAGGAGAAACAUAUCGCGUAUUUGAGAGAUGUACUAGUUUCGAUCUCGGAGGAAAGAUACUUGGAAAUGCAUAAGAGGGUGAAAAUGGUGCAAGAGCAUUUUCUUUGGCAUCAUGAGCCUGUUAAGUAUGAUUUGUUUCACAUGCUUCUUCAUUCAAUUUGGUAUAAUAGAGUUUUCUAUACAAGUUAG